UGCGUUCUCUCCGCCGAUUUAGUCGGACGUCAAUGUACUUGUUGAUAUCUAUCAUCGAUAGUGAUCCGCUUUUCGUUCAAACAGCAUUUUUCAAAGUUAUUAUAUUUUUAUCAAAACACUGUUUGAUGAGUGUCGGCUGGAAACGCACCGAUUCGGGCGGGUAUGAGUGCUUCCUAGAGUAUGAAAAAACCAGCAACAUGGGCUGUGUGGAAUAUGCCGCUACUUUUGGCUCUGUGGUGCUUCUAAUCCUCACUCUCCCAUUUUCACUGUUCUGGUGCUUCAAGGUUGUCCAGGAAUACGAACGAGCCGUUAUUUUUCGUCUAGGACGACUUCGCACCGGUGGUGCUCGAGGCCCUGGCAUUUUUUUCAUUCUUCCAUGUGUUGAUAGUUAUUGUAAGGUUGAUUUACGGACGGUUUCAUUCGAUGUUCCACCACAAGAAGCCUUAACUAAAGACUCAGUCACGGUCACAGUGGACGCUGUUGUCUAUUACCGCAUUCAGGACCCUUUAAACGCAGUCACGAAAGUCACAAACUACAGCAAUUCGACCCGACUUUUGGCAAUGACGACGCUCCGUAACAUUCUUGGAACGCGCAAUUUGGCCGAAAUUCUUUCAGAUCGUGAGGCGAUUUCGCACGCUAUGCAAACAAAUCUUGACGUGGCGACGGAUCCGUGGGGCGUUAAGGUCGAACGGGUCGAAAUAAAGGACGUUUCUUUGCCCCAACAGCUACAGCGGGCCAUGGCGGCUGAAGCUGAAGCUUCGCGCGAAGCUCGAGCUAAAGUGAUCGCAGCUGAAGGUGAAAUGAAAGCUUCGCGGGCUUUGAAAGAAGCGGCCGAUGUUAUAAAUGAAUCACCGGCGGCGUUACAAUUGAGGUAUUUACAAACGUUGAAUAACAUUUCCGCUGAGAAAAACUCCACGAUCAUAUUUCCCCUGCCCAUCGAUUUGAUCAGCUAUUUCCUAAACUACAACAAUGGGACUAACGGGAGCCAAAUCAUUUAAUUCAUUGUUACAAUAACGCAAUUUUUAAUAAACGUCAGUCAAUUUUGUCAUGAGAAA